AUGGCAGCACCAAGUAGUAAUUAUCAACUUUAUGGACUUAAAAUUGGAUUUCCUCCAGGUGGAUUAAUGAGAAAUAAACAAAUGAAAUUCAAUGAUUAUGGUAUAACAGUAAAAGAGGCAAUUCAAAUCAUUACAAAUAAACAAGGAAUGCAAAAUCCAGAUUCAUAUACAUUACAAAUUACAUAUUCAGAUGAACCGUCAUCAAUAAAUACAAGUAGUGGAAAUAUUGGUUCAAAUAAUAAUAGUAGUAGUAAUACACCUUUAACAGGUUCAUUAGGUAUGGGACCACCACCACCUUCUGCAUCAAUUGGAGGUGGUGGCGGUGGUGGUGAUAACGGUAUCACCAAUAGUGGUAAUAUUGGAAGUAGUAGUAAUAGUGAUUUAAAAAAGUCAACAUCAUCUGGUAUUGUAAAUGUUAAUAAUAGUAGUAAUGCACCAACUAGAAGAUUAAAAUGGAUGGAUGAUAAUGAAAAGUUAAUCUCUUAUCCAUUGGGUGCACAUGAUGUAGUGAUUGAAUUAAAAAAGAAAUAUCAAUUAAUUAAAGUUUAUGAUGGUAAACAAACUAUGAAUUUAAUUGUAGAUAUUACAAAACCAUUAAGCGAUUUAAUGGAUUUGGUAUCUUGUAAAUUUAAAUUAAGAUCAACAAGUGAUUGUAAAUUAUUUACAUAUGGAAAAGAAAUUAAUUUAAACAGUAAUAUUAAAAAUUUAAAUAUUGAUACAUCAUUACCAUUUAUUUUAAGAGAUAAUAAUGAUCCAAAUUCAUUAUCAUUAGAAUCAAUUCAAUGGGAUAAUGGUAAUGGAUUUUUUGUUGGUGGUAAUGGUGGUAUUGGUGGUAUUGGAAGUGAUGAUGAUGCAGAUGAUAUUAAUAACAAUUUAUCUGUACCAGCCAAAUCAAUCAUUAAUCCAGUUAGAGAAGGUUAUUUAAAGAAACAAGAUAAAAAGAAAUCUUGGAAAACAAGAUACUUUAAAUUAACUGAUAAAUAUUUAUAUUGGUAUAAAUCUCCAACUGCUAUUAAAGCAUCUGGUAUGAUUAUUUGUAAAGAUUAUCAUAUUAAAUUAGCUCCAUCAACUCAUUCAAAAGAAGUUAAAUUAGAAUUUACACCAAAACAUAUGAUUGCAGGUGCAACAACAAUUAUUCAUUAUAUUAAAUUUGAAAAUGAACAAGAAUUAAAACAAUGGACAGUUUUACCAAUUGUAAUAGAGUCAUCAAAUGAUAGUGGAUCAAAUAAUUCAAAUACAAGUGGUGGUAAUCAAUCAAUGAUUGGUAAGAAAGUAUUUGGUGUACCAAUUGAAAAGACAGUUAGUGGUAAUAAUGAAAUACCAGCAGUGGUUUUACAAACUAUUGAUUACAUAGAGAAGAAAGCAAUGGAUAUUGUUGGUAUAUUCCGUUUGAGUGGUUCAGUAUUGACAAUUGAACAGUGGAAAGCAAAAUAUGAUAAGGGUGAAAAGGUUGAUCUCUUUCAAGAGGUUGAUCCUCAUGCUGUAGCUGGUCUUUUGAAAUUGUAUCUCAGAGAGUUACCAGACCCAUUGUUAACCUAUGAAAAGUAUGAUAAUUUCAUUGCAGCUCAAUCAAUUGAUGAUUUCCCAUCAAGAAUUAAAUUAAUUAAACAUUUGGUGAAAUCAUUACCACCGGUAAACUAUGCGGUUCUCUCUUAUUUAAUGGCAUUCGUUGGUAAGGUUGCAACUCAUUCUGCAGCUAAUAAAAUGCAAGUUCAUAAUUUGUCGACUGUGUUUGGUCCAAAUCUAAUCAAAGAUCGUCAAGAUAGUGGUGACUAUGGUAACAAUGUCCAAGUGUUGGUUGAGGAUACACCAAUCAUUAAUGCAUUGGCACUUUCACUCAUUAGAGAUUACCAAUACAUUUUCACCGAUAAAGAAAUACCAGAACAAAAGAUAUUGGCAAAGUCACUCUACGAGUAUGCUGGUAAUGAUGAUGGUACAACCUCUGAGGAUGAUAAGGAUCUUUUGUUCCCAAAGGGUGCAACAAUUAAAGUCACUCAACAAGGUACCGAUGGUUGGUGGACUGGUGAAUAUCAAGGUAAACAAGGUAAAUUCCCAGCUUCCUACGUUGAGUUGUUACCUCAUUCACCUUCAACCUUACUUCGUACAAAAUCAAAUUCAAAUCUUACAAAGAAAAAGAAAUUCAUGUUGGAGAUGGAAUCUACUAAAACUAAAAAUCAAGAGAUCGAUAAAAAUAUCAAACAAUUGGAAAUCACUAAAAAAGAAUUGGAAUCAACCAUAAACGAUUUAGAGAAUGAAAAAGCUGCCCUCGAAAAUGAUCCAACCAUUAAAGCAAUGAUGAAUCUUUUGGCAAAUGCUAAAACCAAUAAAGAUAUCGCUAUGAUUCCAAAGAAUAUCGAUGUACUUUUCCAAAAGUUUGAAGAAUAUAAAUCAAGUCAUGAAGCAUUGGCAACUACUAAAACUACUCUCAUCGAUGAAUAUGAACAAUUUAAUAAUAAUCCAAAAAAAAGAUUAGAUACAAAAGAAAAAGAACAAAUUCAACAAAAAUAUGAUAAUCUCUCAAUAAUUAUUGAUAAAUCUCAAAAAAUUAGAUCAAAAAGUAUAAAUUCAAAGAAAAUUAUAAAUGAUGAUUUAGUUGAAUUAAAGAAAAUAUUUUCUUUAUAA